GAUAUGAUCUAAUCAAUCAAGAAUAUUGAGCGUCAUACUACGACAACAAAGAUGUGCAAGGAAAUUUCAGUGAAUCAAUCACGAAACUCGUCUUAUGCGAGAAACAAUCUAAUGUUAAUUAAUACCAAAACGUGGGCAUUUCAAUAAGACAAUUUUCUCAAACUCAGUUCUCUGCCCAUUAAAAGAGUAUCAUAAAAUCAGAGCACCAUCUUCUGAAUCGUCUUGGUGAAUGUUGAGUCUUCAUAUUGCUAUAUCAUAUAGAAUCAAAUUGAGUGUUUAUAAACGAAAUAAACUCUUCUGAAACCAUUCAUCCUUAAAGUUUGCUAUAUAUAAUACCAAUAGAUUGUCAUUGGUCAGUUCGCAAUGCCCGAGAAGCUAAAAACGACUUCUUUGAUAAAACAAAAUAAAUGACUUCCCAUACGUUCCGCAGCGAUCAGCUGCUCAAAAACUCCAUGAUCAUCAUGUGCCUGAUGAUGACCAGUGUGAAGAUUGCCUAUACUCAUCAUUCUAGAAAUAACGCUCGGGGUGAAUCUUUAAAAAGUGUAGCGAGUGAGACAGUAGAAAAAAUUCUUAACGUGCCUGUCAACCUAAACUUCAAUGAUGAGCCAUUGAUUAGACGAGGAAGAGGAUUUUAUGGUGGUCACAGAAGGAACGACGAUUUCGCAGAUGAAAAAAUUAACGACGGUCAAUUCGGUGCACGAAUCAUACUGGGCAUUGUAGAGAAUCCUGAUAAGACUACAGCUAAACCGGCGGUACCAGAUCAGAAAAAAAGUCAAACAAUAGUGAAAUAUUUCGAUAAAGAAGAUUAUGGUGGUAUAAAGACGAAACCUAUUGUUGUUGCCGAUCAUUAUGCAGAAGAUGAUGCAGAUCAGAUUGAAAAGACGAGAAAUCGUAAAGAAAUACUGGAUCUUAGACAGCAAAAAUCUCCAUUGAUUGAUGACGAACAACACGCUCAAAAAAAUGAAGAUUACUCCCAUAUUUAUGAGGAUAAAGAUGACGUUCAAGAGGAAGAGCCAAAAGAUGUAAUAGAACACAACAAAAAAAUAAAGUACCACCAGGGCGAAGACCAUGAUGAAGAAGAUGAAUAUCCUUCUGCAAUAAAGCAGGAAAAAACGGAUGAUUCAGAGAAGUAUAGCACGGAAUAUGAUAGCCCAAUCCAAAAAUAUGAAGAAAAGAAAGUUCCGUCUAACCAUAAAGAAACCUAUAAAGAAAUAGAAUAUUCGAAUAGUUACGACAAUGUAAAUGAAGAACCAAUUGAAGAACUGAAACAAUCUGAUGAUUUACCAGUGGAAAAGGAAAAAGAGGAAGAUACAUCUGAUACUUACAUCGCUGAACAUAAAAAGGCAGCAGAGUCAUCUGAUGUGAAAGAAGAAGUUACACAAAAAGAUCAAAAAGGGAGCGGUGAUAAUUCACAUGAAGAGAUAAAGCAGAAGAAAAAGAAGGGUGGAAAGCAUGCCUCCGGUAAAGGUGAAGAACAUCACGAAGAGCAUCACGGUAAAAAGGGCGAAAAGGGAGUGAAAAAGUAUAAAGGCUACCACGAAGAAGUUAAGAAGAAAAAAGGGCAUCAUGAUGAAGAAAAGCAUGGCAAAAAGUAUGCAGAUAAAGGUGGGGAAGAAAAAAAGCAACAUGAAGAACAUGGACAUCAUGGAGAUUAUCAUAAAGGUGAAAAGGGCGAAAAAGGAUCUGAAUUCUCAGAAGAAGGCAAACAUAGCAAAGGACAUUCUACCAAAGGAGAACACAACAUUCAUAAAAAGGACGAGUAUGAGAAGAAACAGGAGUUUUAUGAUGAGCAUCACGAAGGUGGAGAACAUGAAAAACAUGGUGCUUUUCACCAUGACGAUGAGUAUGAAAAAGGAGGACAUACAAAGGGAGGACAUCACAAAAAAGGCGAUCAUAAUGACCACUACGGAAAGAAAUCCCAUCACGAAGAGGGACAUUUUUAUGAUGAGAAGGACGGCAAGAAGAAGGCCUCUGGACAUAAGCAACACCAUAGUCAUAAUACAAAGCAUGGUAAAAAGGUUGGUAACUCAGGAAAAAAACAUUGGGGAUAUCAGAAAGGGACUGGAGAUGGUGGAAAAAAGAAACAUAACGAGGGACAACACGCCGCUCAUAGUAAUCCCCAACAAAUUAAGAAGAUACCACCAGAUGUUCACGGUCAUUACAGAGAAGAAAAUGGAAAGUAUCCUCAUUAUAUUAGUAGGAUCCAUAUUCAUAAUGAUAAAAGGAGAAGUGAUACUGUUCAGGAUAAAGAUGAUAUUGUUACAAAUCAAAGCCUACUUGAAAAAGAAGAAAACGAAGAAUCUAAAACAAAUCAUGAGAUUGUUCAUCUGAACAGCAAAGAGGCUGAAAUACCGGUACAGAAUGCAGGAAAAUAUGACACCAAUGUUUUAAAUAAUUAUAGCAAAAAGGAAGAGGACAUUGUUGAAGAUAAAGAAUCAAGUCAUGACUAUCUUCCACAGUCUUCCAAUCUACAUGAGAAAAACAUAAAUUCGAAGAAAAAAACUUCGAAGCCUUUACCAAAAAUAUACGUUAUACUACCGAAAGACUUCGAAGAGCAACUUGAACGUAGUGCAGAAAGUUCUGAGUCUUCUUCUAUAGAAAAAGAAUCAUCUUACGAAGAUUCGGAGGAGGAACAAAAUGAUCCAAAAAUGAAAACAAUUCAUAAGAAGUAUACGAAAGUUAUUGAGCCUGUCGAGGCUCAAUCUUUUCCUGAAGAGCAUAAAAAGAAACUGUCCGAAAUUGAGUAUGUAGUCCACAAAAUAGGAUCAGAGUUGGAAAAAAAUAUUAAAAAUAAAAAUUCUCAACUUAAAACGAAUAAUCAGGCUAGAAGAGGGAAAAAUACAGAAGACAAACAUAGUGAAAGCUCCGAGGAGUAUCAAUAGAUACGCACAUUAUGUAUAAUUGUUGAUAGUAAAGACUGAGACGUUUUCUUAA